CCCCCCCCCCCCCCCCCCCCCCCCCCUAAACGCUGUCGUUUUGGUGUCCCUAUUUCCCGGUUCUCUCUCUCCGGAAGUCAACCUGAACUCAAUUCGUCCUCCCCCCUCCCCCCAUUCUUGAUCAUGAUUGCCAACUGAAACUCAUGGAUACUGAUUCAGUUCAAUCCGGGUUUACUUACAUGGGCCGGAAAUUCAGCGAUCUUGGCCUCAAUGACGAUUCCUCGUCCGCCUUCAGCGAUUGCAAUAGCGACAGAUCCGGCGAGUUCCCAACGGCGUCGUCUGAGAGCCGCCGCCUCUUCCUCGCCUGCGCCUCUGAUAAUUCAGACGAGGUUAUCGCCCAGCUUGUUUCCGGCCUCGAGUCCAACAAUAUCGAUGAACAGAAGCAGGCGGCGAUGGAAAUACGUCUCCUUGCCAAGAACAAACCGGAUAACCGAAUCAAAAUCGCCAGAGCCGGAGCAAUCAAACCGCUGAUUUCGAUUAUCUCGUCCAACGAUCCUCAGCUCCAAGAGUACGGCGUCACGGCAAUUUUGAAUCUCUCGCUGUGCGACGAGAACAAGGAAGAAAUCGCCUACUCAGGGGCGAUCAAACCAUUGGUCCGAGCGCUCAGAGUCGGCACCUCAACUGCCAGAGAGAACGCCGCGUGCGCGCUGCUCAGACUCUCGCAAAUUGACGAGAACAAAAUCGCGAUCGGACGAUCCGGCGCGAUUCCGCCGCUGGUGAAUUUGCUGGAGAACGGGAAUUUCCGGGGGAAAAAGGAUGCGUGCACGGCGCUGUACUCGCUGUGCUCGGUGAAGGAGAAUAAGAUUAAAGCGGUGCAAGCCGGGAUAAUGAAGCCACUGGUUGAGAUGAUGGCGGAUUUGGGGUCAAAUAUGGUGGAUAAAUCAGCGUUCGUGUUAAGUUUAUUGGUGUCGGUGGCUGAGGCGAGGGCGGCGCUGGUGGAGGAAGGCGGGAUUCCGGUGCUGGUGGAGAUAGUGGAGGUGGGGACACAGCGGCAAAAGGAAAUUGCGGUGGCGAUACUGUUGCAGUUGUGUGAGGAUUGCUUGGCCUAUCGUACUAUGGUGGCCCGCGAAGGAGCCAUUCCUCCCUUGGUCGCUUUGUCGCAAACAGGGACCAGCCGCGCCAAACAAAAGGCAGAAGCACUGAUUGAUCUUCUACGGCAGCCAAGAUCCACCAACGCCGCUGCAAAGGGCAUCUGAAUCUGAAUCUGAAUCUGAAUCUGAUCUGUCUGUCGACUCUUCCAACUCCCACACCCACAUGCUCCAGCAAAAAGACAAGAACACAAACAGUGACAGAAUAUGAGAAAUCAUUGUCUUGUAAAUACAGCAAAUAUGUUGCUUUGUAAAUUUUGGCGUGUCGCUGUCCCCACUUCGAUUUUGAUCUUGGUAAAGAAUACUUUGUUAUU